AUGCAUAUCCAAUCUAUUGACUAUGAGGUUUGGAAAAUCAUCUGUGAUGGUCCCAAAGUCCCUACCAAAACCAUAGAUGGCUUGUUAGUUCCCAAAUUUGAGAGUGAAUGGUCUAGUGCUUAUUAUAAAGAUAUUCAAGGCAAUGUUAAAGCUGUUAAUAUGUUGUAUUGUGCACUUGAUGCUACUGAGUUCAAUAGAAUAUGCACUUGUACAACGGCAAAAGAAAUUUGGGAUAAACUUAUUGUAACUCAUGAGGGAACUACUCAAGUCAAAGAGUCUAGAGUUAGUGUGCUUGUCCACAACUAUGAACUUUUCAAGAUGAAACUUGAUGAGAACAUAUCCCAAAUGUUCACCCGCUUUACAGAUAUUAUAAACAAUCUAAAAUCUCUUGGAAAGACUUAUACUAAUGCAGAAAUUGUCAGAAAACCCUCAGAUCAUUGCCAAAAAGCUGGAAAAACAAAGUCAUCGCAAUGA